GCCACCUGAUGAUCUGAUUUGAGUCACCAUUCUUACUCACACUGCCACACUUAGCAACCCACGAAUAUGGAUUUGUUUCUGCCACUCGUCUCAUUUAUUCUGAUUCUUGGAGGACAAGGUAGCCAGCAUGCGAGUUUUGCCGAUGCGGCCAAGAUGACGCUGACAAACAUGGAGACGCUGAUGGCGUACUGGGAGGCGGCGCUUCCAGGAAUUCCGAUUCCACCAGCUAUCAGCGACCUAUUAGCGCAACAAAAAGGGCUGUCAAAAAUUGAACCAAACUAUGAGAGAGUCAAGUCAGAAGCUGGUCACAUGGACAACCAUGUUCAUAUCAUAUCACAAGUUGAAGAUCAUUUAAAGGAGGCCCAUGGGUCUCAUGGCGAACAAGGUAUAAAGAAGGCCAUGAUAGCACAUGAGCCAAAUAUUGGUAAGGAUCUGAAGACACAACCAUUGUCACAUGGGUUACAAGCUAAAAAUUAUGUAGAAGAAAAAAUUGCUGCGCAUAGAACAAAAAAUGAAGAAAAUCUAAAGGAAAUAUCAGUGUCAUAUGGGUCAGAAGGUGACAACAAUUUUAAGAAAGUUUCACUAAAUUUGAAGAAGAUCCUUGCAGCAUAUACACCUUUGAAAGAUGAAAACCUUAAGGAAAUAUCUGUGUCCUAUGGAUCAAAAGGUGGAGAAGCCCACAAAGAAGUUUCAGGGUCAUACGGGUUAGAAGGUGAACAUAAUUUAAAAGAAAUAUCACUGUCUUAUGGUAUAAACAGCAAUGAUACUCCAAAGGAAGAAUCUGCAUAUGAAGAAAAUGUAAAGGAUAUCUCAGUGUCAUAUGGGUUAGAAGGUUCAAAGAGUUUAAAGAAAGUUCCACUAAAUUUAAAGAAGAACCUUGCAGCAUACAAGGAAAUAUCUGUGUCAUAUGGAUCAAAAGGCCAAGAGAUUUCAAAGGAAGCAUCAGGAAUAUCUGGGUUAAAAGGUGAAAUGGAUUUAAAAGAUAUCUCAGUGUCUUAUGGUGUUGAUGACCAUGAAAAUCUGAAGGAGAUAUCUGUGACAUAUGGAUCAAAAGAUCAAUAAACUCUGAAGGAACCCUCAGGAUCAUAUGGGUUAGAAGGUGAAAAGGAGUUAAAAGAAAUCUCAGUGUCUUAUGCCGCAGACGGCCAUGAAAAUCUAAAGGAAAUAUCCGUAUCAUAUGGAUCAAAGGACCAAAAAAUUGGCAAGGAAGCAUCAGGAUCGUAUGGGUUAAAAGGUGAAAGGGAUUUAAAAGAAAUCUCGGUGUCUUAUGGUGUAAAUGGCCACGAGAUUCUGAAGGGAGGCUCCACAACACAGGAAGAAAAUUCGAAGGAAGCUACUAUGUCAUAUGGGUCAGUCGAAGAGAAAGAUGAACAAUCCCACAUUCUGAACCAAG